AUGUCGUCGUCCGCCGGCACGGAGACAACGGACGACGGCGCUGCACCACCGUACUCGGUGGUCGAGUCGCCAGAACUGGGCCGCCACUGGGUGGCCGCUCGGGACAUCGCGGCCGGCGAGGUGCUGCUCGAGGAACGGCCGCUCGUCGUCGGCCCCAAGGCCGGAUCGCCGCCCGUCUGCCUGACGUGUUACGCACCUACUGCGGAUUACAGGUGUUCAAAAUGUGGUUGGCCAGUGUGCGGGCCGCGUUGCGAAACGGCACCCGUGCACCGGGACGCCGAAUGUUCGCUGAUUGACGGCCACUACGAUAGCCGCCGGUCGGCCGCGUACUGCUUCGUGAUGCCGCUCCGGUGCAUGCUGCUGCUGCACCAGCGGGACGGCCGCCGGGCCGUGGAGUUCCGAUCUCUACAGUCACAUCUAGACGACAGGCUGGACACGCCGCUGUACCGUGCAUACGCCAUCAACGUGGCCGCAUUCGUGCUGGACCGGCUGGGCCUUCGGUCGGCGGGCCACGGUCACGAUCACCGGUCCGCUCUUGAGGCGGCCGCCGUGCUGGACACCAACGCGUUCGAAGUGCGACGGCCGGGUGGCCGCAAGUUCCGGGCCGUGUACUCGCGCGCGUCCAUGAUGGCCCACUGUUGUACUCCGAACACCAAACACGUGUUCGUUGGUGAUGAGACUGACGGUCAGCCGGCCAUCCGCGUGGUGGCCGCGGUGCCCAUAGCUCGUGGAUGCCCCAUCACGGCCACGUAUACCCAAACCCUGUGGUGCACUCGAGACCGGCGCCGGCACCUGUCGGCCGCAAAAUGUUUCGAGUGCGCUUGCGCAAGGUGUGCCGAUCCCGUGGAACUGGGUACUCACCUGGGGUCGGUGGCCUGCGGUGGCCAGUGUCCGGAUGGUCGGGCAACAGCCGCAGGCCGUUGGUUGUGCACUACUUGCGGACGACUCGCUACCGACGUUGAAGCGGCCCAUGCGCUGCAAGCCGUCGGAGCGCUUUCCAAGACCCGUGACUGUUCAGGUUUCGAACGGUUCCUGGAACGGGUACGUGACGGAACUAUGCCACCGCUGCACUCCAACCACCACGUCACAGUAAGCGUCAAGUACGCACUGGCCCAACUGUACGCUGAUCGGAUUUCGGAUCUGUCCACUAAACAACUGGAAAACAAUACAGACAUAUGCGAACAGCUGUUGCGGCUGGCCGACGUCCUGGAACCUGGAAUCACGCGAUUCAGGGGCCUACUGCUCUACUACUUGGUGCGCGGUCUUAGACAGCUGAAGCGGAAGAAACACAGACGGAACUACGACGAGAUUAUCAAGAAUUACACCGGAGAAGCGGUCGUCAUUUUGAAAACCGAACCCGAUCUGGUGCAUUUGGUCGAACAGUUACAAUGA